AUGAAGUUCUCCGUUCUUUUCGCCGCUGCUCAGCUGGCUGCAUGCGCUUCUGCGAGCCCAGCGUGGAAUGAAUGGUUCAAAAGAGAUCGCGUGCGACAGCCUGCUGGACUGGAGGGCUUUGGUUGGGACAAUCCACUCGGUCCUACAACAGGUGGCUCAGGUGGCAAGGUCUUCAACGUGAAGACUGAUGCUGCACUCGUGGCAGCUCUUGCAGCUACAGACAGCAAGAAGACGAUCUACCUCGAGGGCGAGUUCCGUCCAACUGCACGUCUCCGAGUCGGCUCAAACGUCAGUCUGCUUGGAAAGGGCAAGGGAGCCAACAUCGUUGGCCAGGGUAUCACUAUCAUCAAUGCGACCAACGUCAUCGUCCGAAACAUCGGCAUUCGCUUUGUGGAAGACAACGAUGGAAUCACGAUUCAGAACACUACUCGUGUCUGGAUCGACCACAACGAGUUCGAAAGCCAGAUCAGCUUGGAGCUUGGCCCGGAUUUCUACGAUGGUCAGCUCGACAUCGUCCGCGCCUCGGACUGGAUCACUGUUUCGCACAACUACUUCCAUGACCACUGGAAGUCAUCUCUCGUCGGCAACUCUGACGUGCUUCGCGAAGUUGACGAAGGCCACCUGCACAUUACCUACCACCACAACUACUGGCGCAACUGCGGUACCCGUGGUCCUGCAGGACGUUUCGGACACCAACACAUCUACAACAAUCUCUACGAGGAUUUCCUGUACCAAGCCAUCCACUCCCGCUCGGACAACCAAGUCUUGGUCGAAGGAAACAAGUUCAAGGGCAACACCAGGACUGCUUUGUCGACUUACGGAUUGGUCAUCCCAGAGGACUCCCCAAACACUUGUGUCUGCGGAGACGAGGAACUUGAUGGCUUUGCAAACUUGGGUGCUAAGAACGACUUCGGAAGAGCCGAUGUGAACAUCACGCAAGUGGGUACUUUCAAGAAGGCACCUUACAAGUACAGCUUGACUCCACUCAAGUCUGUUGAGUCGGUCGUGAAGAAGAAUGCUGGACUUGGCAAGGUCAAGGUUUGA